UUAUCAUUCUAAUAAAUGUUGAAUAUAACCUGUGUCAAUGAGUGCUUAAAGUAACAGAGUAAAGAAAAAUUAAUAAUAAUGAAUUUACCAUGUAUUAGAAAUUUCUCAAACUUAGCGUAUAAGACGUUAAUUAAUAAUUUUCAAUAUAAAAAUAAUAGCAGAUUAUUAUUAUGUGAUAAUAUUAAAAUACAUUUAAUAAAAAGGUCAAAAAUAACCUAUAAAACUUUAAGUGAAAUUAAAAAAACUACUAACAAACCUAAGAGUCCUUAUAGAUAUUUUUUAUUGACUGUACCAAUUUCAACCUUUCUUCUUGGUACAUGGCAAUUGCAAAGACGUCAAUGGAAAUUAAAACUAAUAGAGGAUUUAGAAAGUCAAAUAAAUGCAGAUCCUGUUGAUUUAAUAGAGAAUGUGAAUCAAUUGGACUCUUUGGAAUAUCGCACUGUAAAAGUAAAGGGUCAAUUUUUACAUGAAAAAGAAUUCCUUAUUGGACCUAGAGCUAUAAUUUAUCAUAAUAAUCCAGCAGACGUAGGAAAUUUAUUUGGUACAAGAAAUACUAAUGGAUGGAAUGUUAUAACGCCAUUUAAGGUAGAAAACGAAGAUCUAACAAUUUUAAUAAAUCGUGGUUGGAUACCUGAAAAAUCCAAAAAAUUGCCACGAAGUAAAAUUGAAGGUACCGUUGAAAUUACCGGUAUCGUAAGAAAACAAGAAACUCGACCACCUUUUAAUUCUUCGAAUAUUCCUGAAAAAGGAUUAUGGUAUUACAGAGACAUAACAACUAUGGCGAACGUAGCUGGUACCUCACCAAUAUUUUUGGAUUUAUGGUCUAAAGUAGAUCCACCUGAGGGUCCUAUUAGUUGUCAGACCAAAGUUUCGAUACGAAAUGAACAUUUCUCUUAUAUGAUUACUUGGUAUACACUAUCUUUAUGUACUGCAGCCAUGUGGUAUAGAGCUACUAAGAAGAAAAUACCAAUUUCUUUUUAAUUAAAACAAAUUGAAAGCGUCUGCAAUUAAAUUGACGUCUUCUUAUGGUAUAGCCUUCGCUUUGUAUUAUAAGAUAUUAUAAAAGUUUAAUCUUGCGAUUUAAUUUGGUGAGUUGAUACUUGUAUACUUUUGUAUUAUAAUUUAUAUAAUAUCGGUAUAAUUCAUUUGACCAUUACAAAAUAUUUCUUAUCAUCUUAUUUCUAAUUAGAAGUUUAAUGAAAUAAUAAAUUAGCGUCUAACUUAUAAUCAUAGAUUUCUUUAUUUAAUAACGCAACAGGUGAAUACUCCAUUUGUAGAAGGAUAUUAAUUGCUCCCAGAAACUUUUUAUUUCUCGUAUUAUAACAACAACAACAGCGAUAAUAGCGAUCAUUAUCAGCAAAACUGCGAACAAUGAUCAUAUUAUAUAAUAAUACAUUAACGAAUGAGCAUAGAAAAUAUCUUUAUAUAGAUAUGAAAAUAUACAAUAUACAAAUUACAUUAUGAGGUGUGUACAUUUCUUUAUUUAUUAUUAUAAUAAAAUAGAGCGAUAUAUUAUUAGUAACUAAACGACGAUAAACAAGACUCACUUGUAAAAA